GGCUCUACUGACGAUGAUCUCUACAUAAGCAAUGUUCUGCAUGAAUUACGAGUAGAACUGGAUGUAAAACGGCGAGAAGAAGAACGACUGCAGAAGGAAAUCGCAGAUAUUCUGACUGAAUGUGCUUCAGGGAGUGCUGGAGACCACCAGAGUCGAGCCUUCGGUAUGGCAGUAUCCCGCUUAAACAAUGCUAUGCUAGUUGUUGAAACUGACACAAAGCAACUUGCCGCUAGUUUACGAACAAUAUCGCGGCUUGCAGAUAAUAUCAGUGGAAAGGUUUCUGCCCUUGACGUGGCCAAAACUCGUGUAGUUGAAUGUCUUCAGCUUGCGGGAGAUAUGCAUGACCUCGGAGUAUGUAGUGAAGGUGUUGAUGAGUGUAUAAAUAACGAAGACUACGAACAAGCCGCUCAGCACAUUCACCGCUUUUUAACACUGGACCGAGCCGUAUUCCAGUUCAGCAGCAGUACGGUAGACAAAGAUGCUGGACUAAAUGUUUCACAUAGCUAUGAGGUCUUAACAAGCGCUACCACUCGACUGAAAGAAAUUCUUCAAAAGAAGCUGGAAGCAGCAGUAGAAGCAGAAGAUAUACCGUCUAUGCAAAGGUUUGUUAAACUAUUCCCGUUGAUCAACGAGCACAACAGCGGACUCACUCGAUUUGGCAAAUAUUUAGGCAAACAGAUUGCCAAGAUAGGAAAUGACAAUCUCAAGAUUAUGGAUGCAGGUGGGACUGACGAUAAGCGAACCAAUGUUCUUUAUGCUGACACGCUAUUUUUGUUUUUCGAGGGUAUCGCAGCCCUGCUUGAGACAAACCAGCCACUUAUUGAAAGCGCGUACGGACCAGAUAAAUUGCUGGAUUUCAUUAAUAUGUUACAAGUCGAUAUCGACCAAGUUGUAGGAAAAGUAAUCGAUGCGUUUGCGAAAAAACGUCAGCUAGAGAAACGGCUAAAAACAGUUCAGCGCCUUCUACGAGAAGAUCGUCACAGUGAUAAAGGAGAAGUUGAGCGCUUGGACGCGCUUGAAUUGGACACGCUGUUAUCGGAGAUUUGUCUUAUGAAUACGCAUACAGAAAUGUACUGGAGAUUUGUUCGUAGACGUCUCAAGGGGGCAUCUCUUGAAGCUGAUCAGGAAGAGUUCGUAAUGGUAAAUGGGGACGAUUUUGGAGACGAUGAAGAAAAGAAAAAACGCUUAGAAGAGGAGAAAGUACGACGCAAGAACGAGAGAGAGAAGAAACUCGACCAGUUAUUAAACCGGAGUCUUGUUGGCUCAAAAAUGCAGGAGAUCCUGGGGAACUAUCUGUUACUGGAACAGUACUACAUGCAAGAAUCUGUCCGGAAGGCAAUUGACAUGGAUGCUAAGGAAGAAGGGCUUCUGAGUUCCGUUGUUGACGACGUGUUGUUCUUGGUACGUAAAUGCGUCAGACGUGCCAUGAGUAGUGGCUCUGUGGAUUGUGUUUGCGCAGCGCUGAAUUACGGUGUUGCUCUUCUCGAAACGACAUUCUAUCAACAUCUCUACAACACCAUUCAGGCUGGCUAUCCCUCAACUAAUUUUGCAGCCGAAGCGCUUCAAACAGCACAGAAUGCCUACAACGUCAUACAACACGGAAAAUCAGCUGAUGCAGCAGAUGUUCAGCGAGAUCAUUUCCUCACAGCGGCCAACAAUGCUCGCGGAACUGGUGAAUUACUGAUAGACCUUCGCAAGGGAUUAGAAAAUGAAUGGAGUAAGACUCAGCGUCAUCUUCACUUCUUAGGGAUGUUUAAUAGAAAACUGGGCACUAGUAGUAACUUUCAGCGUAGCAGCGUGGAAACAGGAAAACUGGAACAUGCCGUGAGCCAGCUGGCGGAUGUGUCGCGAAAGAUGCAUCAUUUGGCAACAGUUGGAAUGGAAUCUUUGUGCAAGACAUCAUUUCGCCCUAAGCUUAAGACGAGGUUUGUAAUUAACUUAUGUUUGGGGGAUUUGGAAGGUGACAUGUUAGAAGAACAGAAAGCUAGUUGUCGCCUAUCAAUUCAUCCUUCUACGAUUUUGCUGAAUGUUCUGUUGUGCGCUCUCUGUGAUGCUUUCCUUGAUUUGCCUCAUACGCUGACCGACGUGCAGUUGGCGGAAUUUGAAGCUGUUGAUCCAUUCAUUGAGCAGUUUAACGCUAAUUUGGACAAGCAGAUUGCUAGCUUCGAGCCUGUAUUACACAAGGAGAACUUUCAGAGUUUGCUGUUGAGCGUAUGCAGUGAGGUGGAGAGCCAAUUCGAACGUGUCAUCAUGAAGUGUUCAUUUAAUCGGCUUGGCGGCUUGCAGCUUGAUCGCGAGUUCCGUCAGCUAAGUGCAUACCUGAGUGGAAUUGCUGGCUGGACAGCAAGAGAAAGAUGCGCCCGUUUAUCACAGAUUGUUGCUCUUCUAAACGUGGAGAAUGUGGAUGAGGCAAUCGAAUUGAGAGAAGCAACGAGAGCAUCUCCCAUAGCUCGUAUGCUAUCAGCGAAUGACUCGAUCAGAGUGCUCCAGCUCAGAACAGAUCUUCCAGCAGCUUUGAUACAAAAACUCGAGUUUUAA